AUGGGGCUAUUCAGCGUAUGUUUGUUUUCCGUUUUUUUUGUUUUUUUACAUCGCUGAAUUGGGUUUUUUGACGUAAAAAAAACGAAAAAAAACGGAAAAAAAUCAUUUUUUUUUCACAGCCUGAAUAACCCCAUUACCCGUUCAAUUUCAGGCGUCUUCACCCGUAUUCUCACCUUGUAAACCAGUGCCUGACAAAAUACUCACGCAACUAAUCAAGUAGGUCACGUUUCAUUAUUCGGGAAAAAACGUGUAAAAAUCUGACUCGGGGUCCUCAUUUAUGCCUCUGUCACCUCGCGAGACAAUGGCAGAUGUCGAUUGCGAAGUCAGCUUCAACAUGUUCGAGUAAGUGCCGCUUCCUGGAAUUAUCCGCGCUCUCUCUCUGUUUAUCUUCUCGUCUCGCCGCACGUGACCCUUGCAAAACAGAGACCUAAAAAGGAAAACGAAAGCACCUCGAUUGAUUGGCUCUGAAACUACAUAUGCCUUGCUCUCCGGCCACCCCAUCACCUUCUCUUCUCACUUUUUCCCCUCUCCUUUUCCUGAGAUCGGUUAAAUUCUCCCAAUAGUUGGACAAAACCAAUAAUACCUAAUAUUGUUUUCAAGUUGUAGCUUUCUCUGUAGUUCUUCACUUGCAUUUUCCAUCGAAAAAGACGGACACAUUCGCAGUCGCAUUCUUUCUUUUUGUACUGUAAAACUGGGGGUUUUUCAGUGUCGAACAACAACCAUUCGCUUCAGAAGUGUUCUCAUUUCACUGAGUUUUUUCUCCGCUACUUGAAAGUGUCGCGGAACUUCCACGCGCGGGCGUUGUACCCUCCACCUAAUUCGCGGCUACACUGUAUGCGCGAGGCAAUGAGGUUGCUCCGCAGCCGCUGCUCACAGUGACUUCGCCGCACUCUCCCUCACGCGAAUGAGUCUCCCGACCACUACCACCCAGCGCACAUACACAUGCGCGCACACAACGCACACACUGCCGCUCACAACGCGAAGAGACACGCAGAAAAGACACUGCCAUAACUCGUUUUAUUCCGACGACUAUGUCGCCCUGCUGCAUGUGUACUAUUGACGAAACGCAGACAUUGUCAUCAGAAUUUUGAGCAGUUUUACUUGGCCACGUACUCGUGUUCGGUUUCGAGCGACGAGCGUUCUUUCUCUUCUCACCCAAAAAAUGGUUAAUCAAAUUUUAUGACUUUUAUCUUUUCGUGGCCACCGCGGCCGAUGAUAAAUGGGAGGGCGGAACACGCGCUGGCGCACGAAGUGGAGGUAGAGUAUCCGUUAUCACAUUUAUUUGCAACAAUUGCAACACUUCGUUGUUUAUAGUUUCGUCUUCCCAAUGACAUGAGAUGCCACUUGUUUGGCCGCUGUGCCCCUUGGUCACUGCCAACGGCCGAGGGCUUCUUUCUGGCUGCUCCCAUUUCUAUGGCAUCGCGACCGACGGAAGCGCUCGUUUCUUUUAUGUUUGAAUAGCGAAUGUCUGGAAGAAAGAAAUCGGAGGUCGCGCUGCCAUCGAUUGGCCCUUCCCAAGAUUAAUAAAUUGAUUUUUGUGCGCAUUGCCUUAUUAGUUUUGCGUAAGUAAGAGUUCAAAGUUUACCUUUUUAUUGAUUUUAACUUCUUUAUAAGUCAAUUCAACUAAAAACGCAUUUUAGAAACUAGUAUUGCGAAAUUUAGAAAAGGAUUAUAAAUAAAAUUUAGUUUUUACCAAAUGUCUAGACUUUUUCCUUUAAAUGCAUGAUUUUUGAAUAUUGAACUCCGAUUCAUUCCAAAUGUUCUGUGCCAACACUUACCUUCCCAUUUUCUGUUCAAUUAUAUUCCUCAGCCCGUUCUUUGCUUCAAAAUUGUCGAUUGUACGCUUCAUUGGACUUCAUCACCUCCACGUGUUCUCCGAAUUGCUGCCGCCGCCACCCGAUUGGCUAAUCAAAUCUGUUAUCAUUUUGCGAGGGUCUGUUUGCCCAUCUUUACGGCCUUUUCUUCUCGAAAUCGAAUGUACAAGCCGUUGUUGGCGCCCCGGUCAAAGUUGUCGGACGCGCGCGCGUAGGAGAAAUAUGGGGUGAUCGAAAGAAAAGGCGGCUCGGUUACAACUUCAAACGACACAUUUUUGAUAUGGUUAUCAAGUUGAACAUUGUCCGGACACUGCUUUUUGAGUGCCUCUCCUCGUCGCGGCUGCAAAUUGAGAGAACUAGUUCCGGUCUCACUCUUCUCCAUCUUUUUCUCCUCGUUCCUUCUUAACGUCUUCUUUUCCCCUCCACUUUGUACCUCAUUCUAUCGUCCAAUUUAAUCUCAUUUUAGACGGGGUUGUGCCUUUGCCAGACAAUAAAUAGACCUCUUUUACACAAUGGUUAUCACAGACACGGCUGCGUGGGUACAGUCUCAAUCGAGGUGCGUUCGUUUCCCUCUCUUGUUUUUCUUUUCAAUCGACUGACGAGCCAAGAGUUUUGUCGAAUUGAAACAUGCGAUAGCGGACGGUGUUUGCCGCCGACAAACAAAUAUGUUAAGCUGAUGUAGGAGUUGAAUGUACCAAAACGCGUAAUUUCGAAGCGACGUCGAUGCUCCUGAUUGUUUUUGUAAUGAUAAAGAGCUGAUGACGCUCUACGGACGGCUCUCUUUAAAAGGGUUGUAUCGUCACGUCGAGAACACCAUUUCAUAAUUUUGAGAGAUGUUUGUUCUGCGCCGCGCCAUGUUUUGCGACCCGUCCUUCCGAUGACUCAUCAUACCUAUUGUAGAAGUAUUGUCGAUUUCAUUUCGGCGCCAUCCUCAAAUUCUCCAUCUUCUCUACCGCCUUACAUACAAAUCGGAGCCGCUGCUGCAGUCACCAUGGGUCUUGGAUACUAUCUUUCAAAGGGAUCCUCUUCGUCUGGCUCUUAUUCUUUCAACGGAGUGACCUACACCGGAAAUGUGAAGCCUCUCGUCGACCCGAUGAACCAGAGUCGCAUUUUGCCGGUAAGUUCAGUGUUCCAGAGCGUAUAAUUCGAAAUACACUAUCACAGGACGGCUCGCGUAUCAGUGCGUACCUGAAGGACGACAAUCUGCAAGCGUAUCUCUUUGAAGACGCGAGAACACUUUAUCAGGUAAAAGAUCAUGUUCGUAAUCAUGAUAAACUCAAUUAAUUCCAGGGCGUCCGACGUGGAGCGCGGCUCUCGAACAAUGGUCCGAUGCUCGGACGAAGAGUCAAAAAGGCGGACGGAUCGUCUCCGUAUGUCUGGGAGUCCUACAACGAGAUCAUCGAACGGGCGAACAACGUUUCCGUUGCAUUCCGCGAGCUCGAAAUUCCAGUUGGAAACAACGAGAACAUUGGAAUUUACGCCAAGAAUCGUCCAGAGGUAUAAAUUCGUAGAAUACGAAAAAUGCGAAUUGUUUUCUGAAAAACGAGUUCUCUUUUCAGUGGAUCGUGACGGAGUUCGCCACUUACAACUACUCCAAUGUGAUCGUCCCAAUAUAUGAGACUCUCGGCUCGGAAGCUUCCGUUUUCAUCCUCAACCAGGCUGAAAUCAAAAUUGUCGUUUGUGACGACAUCGCCAAAGCGACCGGUAUGUUUUUGUGCUAUGAGCCUGAUAACGGCUCGAACUGUGAACAGCGACUGUUAUCAGUAAUGUAACUGUUUUGAUGGUUGGUCUUUAGGUCUACUCAAGUUCAAAGAACAAUGUCCCAGCUUGAAAACUCUUGUUGUGAUGGAGCCAUUGAACGAGGAACUGAAGGCAUCGGCGUCGUCUCUUGGCGUGAAUGUUCUCACUUUCGAGGAUCUCGAAAACCUCGGAAAGAGAGCGACCAGCCGUCCGGAGCACAUUCCCCCGACUGCCGAAGAUCUGGCGACUAUCUGUUACACGUCCGGAACAACUGGCACUCCGAAGGGAGUGAUGCUGACACACGCCAAUGUGAUUGCCGACGGAGUCUGCAUGGACUUCUUCAAGCAUAGCGGAAUCGCCGCCACCGAUUCGAUGAUCAGCUUCCUUCCACUGGCUCACAUGCUCGAAAGAGUCAUUGAGAGUGUGUGCUUCUGUGUCGGAGCCAAGGUAGGAUUCUACAGAGGAGAUAUCCGCGUGCUCGCCGAAGAUAUAAAGGAACUCCGCCCGACUGUGGUGCCAGUGGUGCCUCGUGUGCUCAACCGACUCUACGACAAAGUGAUGUCUGAGGUGAACAAAUCGACAUUCAAGAAGAUGCUGUUUGACUUCGCCAUCUCCUACAAAGCGAGAGAUAUGGCCAAGUGAGGACUGUGACCCUUUUAUCUUUUAUAUUAACUGAUGUUACAGUUUCAACAUUCGCAGUGACGGAUUCUUUGACAACAUCGUCUUCAAGAAAAUCCGCGAGGGAUUCGGAGGUCGUGUUCGCCUCAUGAUCACGGGAUCGGCACCACUUUCCACCAAUGUGCUCACAUUUGUGCGUGCGGCCAUGGGAUGUGUCGUUGUCGAAGGAUACGGCCAGACCGAGUGCGUCGCCGCUUGCACGGUUUCCAUGGAAGGAGACUCGCUGGCCGGACACGUCGGAAUGGUCAUUCCGUCCGCGCAGAUCAAGUUGGUUGAUGUGCCCGAGUUGAACUACUACGCCAAAGACAAUGCGGGAGAGGUAUUAGGAAGAACAUUACAGAAAAGAUAAAAUAGCUAAAUUUGUAGGUGUGCGUGAAAGGGCACAUUAUCUUCAAGGGAUACUACAAGAACGAGCAGCAGACGGCGGAAACGAUCGACAGCGAAGGAUGGCUGCACACCGGAGACAUCGGAAGAUGGACUCCUGAAGGCACCCUUAAGAUUGUCGACCGCAAGAAGCACAUCUUCAAGCUGUCACAAGGAGAAUACGUUGCUCCGGAGAAGAUUGAGAACAUCUAUGUGCGCUCCAAAUACGUAGCGCAGUCAUUCGUUCACGGAGAGUCCUUGAAAACGUGCCUUAUCGCCGUCGUUGUGCCCGAUGCUGAGGUUUGUGCUCCUCCGCUUUUCCACCGAUUCAUUUGAAUUUUCAGGUGUUGGUGCCAGCAAUGGCUGAACAGGGAAUCAAGGGAACGUUCGAAGAGUUGUGCCGCAAUGAAGCAGUCAAAAAGGCGGUGCUAGAUGAUAUGCUGGCCGUCGGCAAGAAGGCGGGACUGUUCUCUUUCGAGCAAGUCCGUGACAUCUUCCUGUCUUCGGAGCAGUUCAGUGUGGAGAAUGACUUGUUGACGCCGACGCUGAAAAGCAAGCGCCCGAAGCUGAAGUCUCACUACGCUGCGCAGCUGAACGCGAUGUACGCGAAGCUGCCGUGA